AACACCGUUGACGUGGCCGCCUUGAAGGCUAGCUCUUCGAGCAGCAGCCUACGCCACAGGUGUGGACGAGUGUUGUCCGAGUUUGCAACCUCCGGUGAUGAACGGAGCUUAUCAGAUGAGGCAUCCUCCACAGUUACCAGUAACGAAACGCAUAGCUUAUAUUCCGAUUUUAAUGAAGAAGAUGAGGGUAACUUACAACAUUAUUUAACUUCUAGAAUACAUAGAGAAAGAGGAGGCCGAAGGAGAAGAGAUGUUAACGAUUUUUUAGGAUCUCUCGAUAGUCUCGAUUCUGUAGGUUCCAGAAGAAGGAUGUUAAAGAAAAUUUUGUCACAUCUUAAAAAGCACGAAACAUUCGACUAUGAUGAAUUAAUGAAUUACGUAGAUAACCAUUUAGAGGGAGAACAGAAAGAAAGAAUGAAAUUGUUGGUAGACGAGUUGAAGGAUUAUAAAGCAAAAUAUUUAAACAUGAAGUUUGGUUUCAAAAAUAGCAUGAAAAAAAUUCGAAAAAAGAUGAAGAGUCAGAUUAAGCUUAUGAUUUUACUAGUACCCUCCAUCACCUGUUUAUUUGUGUUGUUAUGGUUGAUCGUGUCGAUGACUAUGUUUGGUCCAGGUGCGGUAGCCUGCGCUCCUGCAAUUGCUAGUACUGUUGUUACUCCAAGUGCUGUCGGUGCUGCCGGUGCAGCCAGUGCAGUCAGUGCAGCCAGUGCAGCCAGUGCAGUCAGUACAGCGGCUGCUUUCUCCGCCCCAACUGCUGCUUGUAGUGCCUUAAGCAAUAUGAUGGUUCCUACAGGAUUUGCCUGCUGUGGAAGCAUCUGCAAAGUGAUAUACGCCCCCUUUCCUUUAGCCUUCUUGUAA